UGCCCUCUUGAGACGCUGUUUGUCUGCCGGGGAUUUUUCAAAAUUUGUGCAAGGAGAGAGCAGAUAAUUAACGAUUCCGACGUGAAUUUAAUGGGAAUUCAUGCACAAUGGAACAAAUUGCAUGCAAAUCACAUGGAGAAUUGUGCUUCCUUAAAACUGGUGUCAGUGAAGGACCAAGAAAGGGGAAAAGUUUUUACAUCUGUGGAUCCACAUCUGAACAGAAGUGCAAUUUUGUGCAGGAAACAAGUCUGCCACCAUCAUUUUGCCUCAAACAUGCUGACGUACUAGUCGAACUGCAAGGAUAUGGAUCCAAAGCUAAUGGAGAAAUGAGGCAGUACUAUCGAUGUACAAAAUCCAAGCAUGAGGGCAAAGGAUGGUGUGGCUAUGUGGUGGUCCGUCAAGCCAACCGCAGGCCACUUGGUGAUGUGAAUGGGAUGUCCUCUCUAUCUUCUGAUAGCCUCAAGCAUUCUAGUGAGAGCGGUGUUGUGGAGAAACCAGACACAUUACUGAAGUCUACCACACAGCCAUUGUCAGGGAGAGAUGAAACCCAGACAGGCAAGAACAACAGUGCCGAGUCAAAGAAUAAUAAGCAUUCCAGUAAACAGAGAGAUAUGGAUGAUAUCACCAAACAGAUGCAAGCUGCAAAGAUUGGGAGUAGAGAGUACGACUCCAGGAGGCAGCCAUCAUCUAAAGAUGGGAUUGAUAGAGAAAGGGGAAGAAACAGUAGUGGGGACAGAGCCAAGAGAUCAGAGUUGGAAAGAGGUGGUAAUGAACCGAGGAGGACUAGCUCAGACUCAGAUAGAGAUGUUUUCUCAGGAGGGAAGGCUUAUGGAGGAGAUAAGAAACAAGAUCGGAUGGAGCAGAAACUUGGUCAUGGAGGCAGUGGUGCAUCAGAUCAAAGUUCUUUGAAGAGUUCAUCUCACAGAAGUAGGAGUGAAGGGGAUAGUCAAGACAGACGACCUGGUUCUGAAAUUAAUCCUGUAGAGAAAUUGUCUCAGGGGGAUGAUAGGAAAAAUCAUGAGAAUCUGCAAGCACGAGGAGAGAGGUCCUCAGAAGUGGCUGCCAAGGAGAAAGAUCAUCUUCGGUAUUCUGCAAACAAGGAGCAAUCGCAAGUUCCUAGUCAAUCACACAAAGAUGGCAACCACAAGAUGAGAUCUCAAUCAGCCACUUUCAAUGAUGCCAGACCGAAGAUUGUUAAAUCCAAUCUGGAAGCAGUUGCUGCAGAAGAGACGCAACAACAAAAGAAGUAUCAUCAAGCUGCAAGCAAAGACAGACAACAGGGUAGCCAACAAGCAGGAACAAAAGACAAGUUGACCUCAAGAUUUGACAAGGUGCGGCAAAAUGACAGUAUGAAUAUGUCAUGGAGGAACAGCAGCGCCCUCUAUGAUGAUAUCAGCAGUGAUGAAGAAGAAGUAAGCAAGGAUGAAACGGAUGAUGAUGACUGUAUCAUCCUGGAAGACACACCUAAGGUGAUAUCCAAAGAUCACACUGAGAAUAAAUCAGCUGCUGGUGCCACAAAAGCUCGGAGUAAAGAGGACGAUCGCCGUUCUCCAGUGGAUCCUAGUCUUGGAUUGAGAGAGAGACUUAUGCGCAAAAUGAAGAUUGAUGCUCCAGGCAAUGGUGACAAAGGAGUACAAUCUAAUGAAAAGAACAAUGAGACAAAACCAAAUACUUCUACAAGUGCUCCAUCCUCCACUCAUCCAAAGCAUCAACAAGAAAAGACUGGUGCCCCUCUUCCAGCUCCUCACAACCAAACAGUGCAUGUUGUGCCUCAGGUAUCCUCAGUGAAAGGUGACCCAAACCAGUCUGGGAUAUCAUCUGCUGCAGCAGCAUACCCCAAAGCUUUGCUUGCUCAGAGGCAAGCCUAUGAGAGACAGUUGCAGCGACAGAAGGAUCUGAUGGAGAAGGUCCCUCUGUCAAGUCUCCCUGAUAAGGGUCAAAGGAUCAAACAAACCUGUGCUGAUUUAGAGAUGGCUAUCCGCAAAUUGGACAUAGCAGCCAAGAACUACAAGCCUUCACAGCUCACCCUAUCAACAACAGGUGUUACUCCUGCUCCUCAUAAAAGUGGUAGCCACUCAGUGGUUGGUGGUAACUUACAACAGACAACCAUCAAGCAACAUUUCCAGCCAAUACUGCCUGCGAACCAUGCAGGGACGCAGCAAUAUUACCAGCAAGCACAAACAAUGUAUCUUCCAUAUCAGUAUGCUGCCAAUCCUCAGAUGCAGCAACUAUAUGGUGGUCGAAUGACUUUCUCAAGACAACAACAAGUCAACACUACCAUCAGAGAUUCCAUUGAAAAGCUCCAUAAAGCUUUAGAAUCUUGCCCAGCUGAAGACACUGAGGCUGAUGACCCAAGCCACCUUCGAGUCACUCUCAUGCCUCAUCAGAAGUACGCCCUCGCUUGGUUGUCAUGGAGAGAGGAACAUCACCCAUGUGGGGGCAUCCUGGCCGAUGACAUGGGACUUGGUAAAACGCUAACCAUGAUUUCACUUGUACUCAAGAAGAAACAAGAAGCAGCAAGAAAAGCACAGAAAGAAUCAGAAAAAACUGUGAAAUCUAGUGAAAAGGAUGAGGACUUCAUCCAAUCCUCUUGCACUUUGGUGAUAUGUCCAGCAUCCCUCAUGCACCAAUGGGCCAAGGAAGUCGAGCGCCGCUGCAAGCCUGGUCAGCUGAAUAUCUAUCUAUACCAUGGACCAAACCGUGAGAGAAGGCCAGAGAAACUAGCCAAACAUGACAUGGUCUUUACCACGUACAACCUUGUGAGCAGUGAUCUGAAAUCGUUACUGAAAGAUGACAAGGGAGUUGAACCAGUAAAGGAUGAUGAAGUAUCGACUGCUGGCAAAAAUCAACCAGCUCUCCUGAGGAUCUUCUGGGAUCGCAUUAUCUUAGACGAAGCUCACAACAUCAAGAAUCAUAAGAGUCAGACAGCCAUCGCGAUCUGUCGGCUGAGGGCCCGAGCACGAUGGGCUGUGACAGGCACACCCAUUCAGAACAACAUCCUUGAUAUGUUCUCUCUCCUCAGGUUUCUUAGAUGUACUCCAUUCGAUGAAUAUCAGGUGUGGAAAAGACAGGUAGAAAAUGCAGGACCAAAGGCCAAAUCCGAGAGACUUCAUACGCUGGUCAAGAGUUUACUUUUACGAAGAACCAAGGACCAAAAGACAAAACAUGGAAAUCCAAUCGUUUCUCUACCCCAGAAAAAAAUUCAAAGUCAUUCGAUAUCCCUAUCGGGUGAAGAGAGGAAGAUUUAUGACCAGUUAUUCACGCAGUCAAGAUCCACCGUCAAGGCCUAUAUCAACUGGCAUGAGGGUAAGGGGCAGGGCGGGGCAGCUCCCACCAUACCAGUGCGCCCCUCCCCGGCCUCCGUCGGUGCUAAUGGUGGUGUUGCAAGUCAGGUGAUGGAUCAGGCAGCCGGAGCAGCUCCUGGAGGCAAGGUGUCCGCAUCAUACAUCCUGGUCAUCUUACUUCGCUUGAGACAGUGCUGUGGUCAUCUCAGUUUGCUCAAAGAGCUCCCGGACCAAGAGUCUUGCGAGACGGACGGUAUCGAGCUUGAUCUGGUCAGCCAGAUGAAGGAGAUGGGUCUUGGUGAAAGUGAACCUGGGUCUGGUGAGGUCAAGCCUAAGACAACCUUGUAUGAACCCAGUUUCUCAAGUACAAAGAUCAAUAUAGUCAUCAAUCGUCUGAAGGAGAUCCGCGCUGAGGGCCCUUCCGACCGCCCCAUGAAGAGCGUCCUGGUAUCCCAAUGGACUCAAAUGCUUGAUGUGGUCGCAAGCCACCUCAAGAGGGCAGGCUUUGAGUACUGGAGUAUCCGUGGUGAUAUCCCACCCAAGAAAAGGGAUGAGGCAUUGGAGGACUUUAAUAAUAACCCCAGGGGUCGUGAGGUCAUGCUGGUGUCGUUGAGGGCUGGUGGAGUUGGGUUGAACCUCAUCGGGGGUAAUAAUCUCUUCCUUCUUGAUAUGCACUGGAACCCAGCCCUAGAGGACCAAGCCUGUGAUAGGAUCUAUAGAGUAGGGCAAACUAGGAAUGUUCACAUUCACAAGUUUGUCUGUUCCGACACAAUCGAGGAGAGAAUUCUUCAGCUACAGAAAAAGAAAACGCAGCUUGCCCAUGAUGUUCUGACAGGGUCUAAAAGUAAGAAGGAGAAACUCAGUCUAGCUGAUCUGAAAUUCCUGUUUGGUGUCCAAUAGCUACAUGGAAAGAGUAACCCUUCACCCAGAUGACCUUUAAUUUGACUGACCCUUCACCCUGUUAAUCCUACAUGACCAUCAGACAAGAAAGAUAUUCAAGUUUCUAUUGUGGGGGAAAUCUUUUUAUUUGCAUAUUAAUUGAACGAUAGAUAAAUUGGAUGAUUAUCCA